AUGGGCAGGAUGUGCGGCGGCGAACCGGCGGUGCGCAAGGGGCCGUGGACGCUGGAGGAGGACCUCGUCCUCGUCGGCUACAUCUCCCAGCACGGGGAGGGCUCCUGGGACAACCUCGCGCGCGCCGCUGGCCUGAACCGGAACGGGAAGAGCUGCAUGCUACGGUGGCUCAACUACCUGCGCCCGGGGGUGCGGCGCGGCUGCAUCACGCCGGCGGAGGACGCCGCCAUCCGGGAGCUCCACGCCAGCCUGGGGAACAGGUGGUCCAUGAUCGCCGCGCACCUCCCCGGCCGCACCGACAACGAGAUCAAGAACUACUGGAGGACCAGGAUCCAGAGGCGACCGGCUCCAGUAGCCAGCGCCCAGCAGCGGCAACCGUACCGCGCGCCUGCGACCGCGACCGCGACGGCGGCAGCCAUGGCCGCCAGCGAGGGCGCGUCGUCGUCGUCGUCCGCGGCGGCAAGCCACGGCAGCUCCGCCGCCGGUGACUGGUGGUCAUACUCAUACGUGGGGCCAAACCACCCCGAGCAGGGAGCGCACCGCUCCCAGAAGAGCAAGAGCGUGGCUGCGGCGGCGGCCGCGGGCGUCGACAGCGGGAGCGCGUCGUCGGCGUUGACGAGCCGGGACAGCUCCACCACUACCGCCGGCGUUGACGGGCACAUGCAGACGAGUUACAGUGACCGCUACUACUACUCCGAGCUGAGUUCGGCCGCAGCCGCCGCCGACGGCGUGAAAAUGGUCGACGCCGACAGCUUUUGGAACGUCGUCGACGACUUCUGGGGAACUCUACCGGUUCCAGAUGCUACAUUAUUCUGA